AUGUCUGUAGACCAGGCGGGUAUCCAUUCUCGAAUGGCAGCUUGGAAGCGACGUUUUGAAGACAUCGUUGAUCAACAUCCGCAACAUCGUCCGAUGGUGGCGAGAGAUUUUUGCGGCAUGAUAAGACAAGUGUGUAUGCGUACCCGAUGGGUAAUGCUAAUUGAUGACACAACAAUGGUGAAUAAGCUGGGGAAAAGCGGUCUUUUUAAAAAAGAGACGGUUGCUCAGCACUUCACAAUGAAGACGCUGCUUGUCAAAAUGAAGAAUAUUUUGGUAUGCAAGUGUCUGGGAAACGCAAAGGCUCGGGAAAUAGGAAAUCAGGGUUUGCACGAUUCGACUUUUUGCACGUUUGCGGCGCAAGACGUUUCGUGGACGCUGACAAACGAAAAAACCAUUACGAUAAACAGCUCGGGUCGUCUGGCAGCAAUGCUGGAUGACAGGGUUUUUCUGGCUUGGGGGAAGGGCUCUUUCGGGUCUUGUUAUUGGAAUGAGUACGAUUUAAAUCUCCUAACGAGGAACAAUUGGAGGGCAAGUCUGGUGCCAGCAGCCGCGGUAAUUCCAGCUCCAAUAGCGUAUAUUAAAGUUGUUGCAGUUAAAAAGCUCGUAGUUGAACUUCAGGCCUGGCUGGGCGGUCCGCCUUCCGGAGUGUUCAAAGCAGGCACGCGCUUGAAUACAUUAGCAUGGAAUAAUGGAAUAGGACAGUGGUUCUAUUUGUUGGUUUCUAGGACCGUUGAAUCGGGCGAUGUUGACAAAAUGACGCGCUCGGCACCUCAUGGGAAACCAAAGUGUUUGGGUUCCGGGGGGAGUAUGGUCGCAAGGCUGAAACUUAAAGGAAUUGACGGAAGGGCACCACCAGGGGUGGAGCCUGCGGCUUAA